AUGGGUUCCAUCAAUGUCAAUCAGUUUGUUGACAGAGAACUCCUUCGGGGUGUUUCAAUCGGGUUUUACGAUCCAGUAGUUCAGGACCAGGCGCAGGCUAUGGCAGGUGUAAUGCCAAAUAUCAUCAGUUUGCCGUAUGGGAAGUCACCACCACUGCAUUUGCAAACUACGAGCUGGCGGCAUUUGUUGAAACUUAUGGCAAGAUUAUCAGGGACGCGCAUAGAGCCCACCGCACAGGCCACACAACGUAACGAGGAUCUACAUCUUCGUACUGUCAUUCAGUUUGUCCGGCCACACUACAACUCGUCCACUUGGCGCACUAUAAUAUGGUUUACCAUCGACCAAGAUGCUGAACGGCCACACCUGCGACGAAGUUCAAAUCCAAGUGGAGACGUCGAAAGCCUUCCAUAUUCCUAUUCUCUAAUGAAACUUCCAGCCCUCUUGCGCGAUGGCUCAGAUUCACUCCUCUCGAAAACGUAUACCAUUCCCUCUACACACAGUGUUCCAUAUCCAGUUCUCCCGAUUUCCUUCCCUAACCUUACACUAUAUCUUCAAGCUGCGCUGGACGAGUCUCGAAGGUACUUCAAUGACAGCUCAAGUGGGAUGCGAAAGUUUGCCAAGAUGCUGGAGCAUUGUUAUCCGGAUGAGUUCGACAGUGGGGCUGGGGCGAAUGAGAGGAGUCGUGUGACGGGACUGUUCAAGAAGGUUAUCGGUCGGGGCGGGAAGUCGAGUAAGAAAGGCCGGGGAGGUAAUGAAGAGACAUAUGACCUGGUGACGCCUUUUGUGCCGGACGAGUGGGGUUGA